UGAUGAACUCUGGAAAGAAGAGAAACGGUUUGAAGCUCAGCAGGAACUGCUCAGUAACGGUUGAAGGAAAGUUUGGAGAGAGAAAAGCUACCAGAGAUGUGGAGACAGCAGGUCAAACAGCGACUGGAUGCAGCAGAGGAGCAGAGACACGAAAUACUGGAUGCUGCUUUCAGCCCCGAAGAUCGGCUGCAGUCAUUAGAGUUCCCUACAGAUGUUCAGCAGAUGCUGCUGAUUAAACAAGAGGCUCCUGAAGAACAGAGCCCUGAUCUGGACCAGAAUGACACAGAGCUCCUCCACAUAAAGGAGGAGCAGGAGGAACUCUGGACCAGCCAGCAGGGAGAUCAGCCCAGUGUGAAGGAGGAGAAUGAUCCCACCAGGUUUCCAGUCAUUGCUGUUCUCAUAAAGAGUGAAGAUGAUGAAGAGAAACCUCUGUUCUCACAGCUUCAUCAAACAAACGGAGAUCUUCCAACCAGCAGCUCAGCUGUUCAGAUGAAAGCAGAACCUGAUGAAGAGGACUAUGGAGGAGCAGAAUCCAGUAGAAAGCCAGAUCUAAUAAAUUAUGGAGAUGCAUCUAACUCUUCAGAGACUGAAGUCAGUGAGGGUGAUGAGGUGGACCAUCCUGACUCUCAAUCUGAAACUGAAGACAAUGACUGGAAGGAGAGCCGGGUUCCUGAAUCAUGUGGAAAGACAGUAAACAACGCUCAAAGCUGCUCUGAUUGUGGUCAACAAUUUAACGUUUUCUCUCCUGAGAGUCACCUGGUGGAUCAUUCAGAUGUUAGGUGCCCAAGUUGUUCGCUCAAUCAGGAGGGCUUCAGAGAGAAUGAUACAGUAGACUUGCAGAGGAAAGUCCAGGCAGAUCUGAACUGUUUUAAUUGUGCUGACUGUGGAAAAAGUUUUAUCCGGAAAAAUCAUCUAAAUGUUCACAUGAAAAUCCACACAGUGGAAAAAACGUUUGUUUGUGAUGUUUGCAGACAAACGUUCAGCCAGAAAACACACUUAAAUCGACACAUGAAGAUACACACCGGAGAGAAGCCGUUUGGCUGUGAAGUCUGUGGACAAACAUUCAGCAGGAAAUCUCAUUUAAAUCGACACCUGAAAAUCCACACUGGGGAGAAACCUUUUGGGUGUGAUGUUUGUGGGCAAAGAUUUCAUGAAAAGGCCUAUUUGGACCGACAUAUUAAAAUCCACUCAGGAGAAAAGCCAUUUGCUUGUGACGUCUGUGGACAAAGAUUUAGUCGAAAGGCACACUUAGACCGACACAUGGGUAGCCACGCAGAUGAGAAACCUUUUGGUUGUGAUGUUUGCAGACAAAGAUUUACCCACAAGUCAGCUUUAAACAGACACAUGAUUAUCCACACUGGAAACAAACCCUUCAGCUGUGAUGUUUGUGGACAAAGAUUUAACCAGAAGUCGGUUUUAAUGACGCAUGUGAGAAUCCACACAGGAGACAAGCCCUAUGCCUGUGAUUUUUGUGGACUAAGAUUUAACCAAAAGUCAAAUUUAAACAGUCACAUUAAAAUCCAUACAGGAUACAGACCAUUCAGUUGUGAUGUUUGUGGGCUAAAAUUUAACCGAAAGGGAAAUUUAAACAUGCACAUGAGAAUCCAUGCGGCAGGAAAAACCGUUUAGAUGCUCAGAAAGCUGCUGACUAAACACAGGGAUGUUCUGACUGCAUUUGUUGCUACUGCUCCAACCUGUAACUAGCAGCGCCCCCUACUGUCUAUCAGAGGGCGGAUAGAGGGCAGUUUGCUGUCUGUGGGCUAUUUUCUGAAGAAACCCAUCAUCAGUGUACUUGGCUGUUUUCACUGAGCUUCACUAAUAAAAUGUAAGAGUCUGAAUCCCUCGUACCCUUUUGGUCUAUAAAGGCACAUCUAAAAAAAAAUAUAUAUAUAUGUUGUAAAAAAAAGUCUAUAUUUUAAGAAGAACUCGUACGUAGAUUAACCACACAUAGAGGGAAAUAUUUCAAGCUCUUAUUUCGUGUAAUCUUGCUGAUUCUGGCUUCCAGAGAAUAAAAACCUGAAGUGUCUCAGAAAAUCAAUAUUUUGUGAAAACCUUAAAUAUCCAUGCAUAUUCAUAGAAAGUUGAGUGAAAGGAAAAGCUGCAGCAACAGGGAGAACCGCAGCUUAGAGAGUAUUUUCAACUAAAAUAUAUUCAAGAAUUUUGAGGAUCUUCAGAAGGAGAGGACUGAGGUUAGAUUCAGUGGAUCAAGAUCCACUACACACAGAUGGAUCCUACAAAUGUUCUACAUGCAUCUCACCUGGGCGGAGGAGAAACAGAACCAGACUGUUGUUCAGUGGUCCAAGGUUCUUUUUUUGGGCAUUUCAUUUGGAAAUCAGGGUCUCAGAAUCAGAAGGAAGAGUGGAGAGGACCAGAAUCCACUUUGCUUAAAGUCCAGUGGGAAGUUUCCACAUUUGGUGAUGAUCUGGGGCGCCAUGUCAUCUGCUGGUUCUGGUCCACAGGGUUUUCUGAAGCCCACAGUCAACACAACCAUCUACCAGGAGAUUUUACAGCACUGCAUGCUUCCCUCUGCUGACAAGCUUUAUGGAGAUGCUGGAUUCAUUUUCCAGCAGAACUUGGUACUGGUCCACACUGCCAAAGGUAGUGACCAUGGUGUUACUGUGCUUGAUUGGCCAGCUCUAAGCUGUCUGCAAGCUUCAGAAGAAAAGACUGGAUUUGAGCUUCAUCUGAUGAGUCUUUUUUUAUUAUAUAAUGUAUACUUUAUGCAUUGUUUUAAAUAAAAUAAAAGGAAAACCAAAA